ACUUCGAUCAGUUAAGUUACUGCCCCUCUCGCCUUUAAUGAUCGAGUUGCCUUCUCCAACAAUUUGUACUCAUCCACCUCGAACCUGCAACAGCAACAACGUCACGUCACCCACCUCACUCUGGUAUACUUCGACUGAGUGAGCAGACUGACUCUUCAUCAAUCAUGGGUGCCAAAGUACCUCGCAACUUUCGACUCUUGGAGGAGUUGGAGAAAGGCGAGAAAGGACUCGGCGCAGAGGCAUGUUCAUAUGGACUGGCAGACAGCGAUGACCUGAUGAUGACAAAUUGGAAUGGUACAAUCCUCGGACCUCCUCAUAGUGCCCACGAGAAUCGCAUCUAUAGUGUCAACAUCCACUGCGGCAACAGCUACCCUGACCUUCCGCCAACGAUCCAAUUUGUUUCAAGAAUAAACCUGCCUUGUGUCGAUCAAAAGAGCGGAAAGGUGGAUCCAUCAAAACUGCCUUGCCUGGCAAACUGGAGGCGAGACUUCACAAUGGAGACAAUCCUGAUUGAGCUGAGAAGAUACAUGGCCCUGCCUCAGCACAAGAAGCUACCGCAGCCUCCGGAGGGGACCACAUUUUAGUCUGGCUACUUCACAGCAUGCUUACAGGAGUUUUCUUUGCCACACAGCGACGAUUGAUCAGGAAUCGAUGAUGCAUGAUCCGGCGCUAGGGGUUGUUGAUGUGGUUAUGCGCUGGGAUUACAACGGGCAUCAUGUGUGCACUCGGCAUUUAUCUUCUACUAAAGCCUUACGAAAGGCCUCUGGCAGGC